AUGGCAGAUGGUGGCGGCGUCCGUGGUUAUUCCAUGCUUAUCAUCCUCCAAGAACUCAUGUACCGCGUCUACGUCGAAUGUGAAGGCAAAGCUCCUCGUCGCGAUGAAAUUCCCAAACCCUGUGACCACUUCGACCUUAUCGUCGGCACCGGAACCGGUGGCCUGAUCGCCCUCAUGCUGGGCCGGCUACGCCUCGAUCUCGAGACCUGCAAAGAUGUCUAUGUCCGCAUGACCCGCCGCGUGUUCGAAACCGACAAGACUUUCGCCGGCAUUCCUUUCCACAAAACCCUGUUUAAGGCUUCUAAGCUGGAAGAAGCCAUCCGCGAAUGCGUCCGCGAACAUACCGUCUUCGAAGCGGAGGGUAACGAUUUGAGCCCGUCGGCGCGCAAUUCGCUGGCCAGUGCCCCUUUUAGUCCCAACUCCAUGUCGGUGCCCCAGCGCUCGGGCAGUCGCGCUAGCUUCAGUACUACUGGCUCUCAUUCGUCGGGUCAUGCUAGUCAGCGGAAUUCGACAUUUGUGAACGGUUUGCGCUGGGGAAAUCCGGAUGCGCUGUUGUAUGAUAACCGGGAGUAUCGGACGAAAACUGCUGUGACUGCACUCUACAAAGGUACUACAUCCCGCAACGGCUCUACCGUCCUCCUCCGGUCCUACGAUUCGCGCAAGGAACCCCCGCCCGAGUUCAACUGCACCGUCUGGCAGGCUGGUCGUGCCACUUCGGCCACCGGGCUAGCCUUCAAGCCCAUUCAGAUUGGACAGCACGUCUUCAUCGACGAAGGUGCCGGUACCUAUAACCCCUCGCCGCAGGCGCUGGAUGAAGCGGUUAUGAAUGAGUGGCCCGGUCGCGAAAUCGGGGUGUUUGUCAGCGUGGGAACUGGCAAGCGCCCACCAGGCACCAACAAUCGGCAACACGAGUGGUGGGAGGACUUCUUUGGGGAUGCCCUGGGCACAUUCGCAGAAGCCCGUCGACGUCUGAUCGCCAAGAUCGAGGGUUGCGAGGAUAUUCAUUUGGCGAUGCUGCGCGACCAUCUAGCUAAGCGCAAUGUGAGCAAGGACAACUACUACCGGCUGAACGUCGAGGUGGGCGUGGGCGAGUUUGGCAUGAAUGAAUGGAACCGGCUGGCAGACAUCAGCACCAACACACGGCGUUACCUGACGCGACCGGAGGUGAAGCACCAGAUCCUGGAUGCCGGUGUCAAGUUCGCCAAAAUUGAGCGCCAACACCGCCGGCUGGCUGACCAUGCGGCGGCGGGUCAGGUCGACGAUGGGACCUCGUCUAUCAUGCACAGUCCAGUACUGUCGGUGCCGCCGCCAUCGCACCCGAUGGCCGUGGAGCUACCAGCUGAGCUGCCGGGUGACUUUGUGCCUUAUAUCACAACAGAGGACUCACUGCCAGCGCACCCCACGCCACAGGAUACUGUGCUACCAUCACCGGGGCGGACAUCAGGCGACCUGGCCAGUCCGGGGGCUGGCGAGGUCAGUCGGCCUAGCUCACGGACGCACGGGUCCUCUCGACCCAGCACCGGGCAUGGCCACGAUGGCUUGCCUCCACCGGUGCCUCCCAAGACACCGAUUCCUUAUCCUUCUGAGUAUCCCAGUGAACUGGGAGGUAUUCCGAUGCCGAUGCCGACAACGACCAGCCCGGGACACAAUCACAGUGGAAGUUUGAGUGGGAAACUUCGACCGCCAUAUCCAGUGGACGAGCCACCGGUGGUAAACAAGCAGCGGAAGCCGAGUUACCAUGUGCGGUGA